AGCAGUUCUGUGGUGAAGCACACAGAGACGAUGGCCAGGCUGCUCUGCAUGGUGUGGAUCCUGGUCUGCAGCGCCGCCCUGCUGGACGGGAGGGCUUCAGAGUACCAGCUGGAGACGGAGGCGCUGAGCAGAUGCGAGAUACUGCGGAGCGUUGCCGUGGGAACCAAACAGGAAGAGGUUCCUCACUGUUUGGAGGAUGGCAGCUUCAGGUCUGUGCAGUGCAGUGGGCAGAGUCAGGAGUGCUGGUGUGUUGACUCUGAAGGUCAGGAGGUCACCGGGACUCGAACCAACAACUCCAUUCCUCACUGUCCGACCCCAUGCCAGCUGCAGUCGCUGCUGCAGUGCGCCCCCUCUGGUCUGUUUGAGCCGGUGCAGUGCGACUCCAGGGGGCGCUGUUGGUGCGUGGACCAGGACGGCAUGGAGCUGUACGGCACCAGACAGGCCAGCAUCCCGCGUCGAUGUCCCAGCAGCUGCGAGGUGAGGUCCAGGCGCCUGCUUCACUCCUCGGCUUCCUCACCUCCUCAGUGCGCCGCAGACGGCAGCUUCCUGCCUGUUCAGUGUAAAUUCAUCAACACGACCGACAGAACGGAGCUGGACCUGCUGCUGGCCUUCAGCAGCUCUCCAGAGGCGUUUGAGACCUUCAGGAAUUUCAGGAAGUUUUUCCCGCUCGUCUCCUCGUACUGCUUCUGCUCCGACAGCCGCGGCAGGGAGCUGCAGGGGACAGGUGUGGAGCUGCUCAUGUCUGAGGUGUACGACUCGGCGUUUUCCGGUCCCCGCUCUGCUCACUCUUUCGCUCAGACCAACAUCUACAGAGUCCUGCAGAGGAGGAUGCUGGGAGUUCGCCUCGCCCUCAGCGGACACUUCAGAUGUCCGUCUCCCUGUGAGGAGGAGCGGCGGGCGGCCCUGGAGUCGUCCAGCGUCUUCGUCCCAUCCUGUGAAGCUGACGGUCGCUUCAGCGCGAAGCAGUGCCAGCAGGGGGCGCUGUGCUGGUGCGUGGACCCCACAGGGAGGGAGCUUACUGGGACGCGGCGGCCCGGAGACGGCCUGGUCUGUGGUUCUGGUCCAGCUGACUGCCCCGCCCAGCGCCGUCUGGCUCUGUCCCAGCUCUUCUCGGGUCUGGUCCGUCCCCCUCAGGCGUCCUCUGGUUCAGCAACUUUAUGUUUGUCCCUCCUGCGUCCUCUCAGGGUUCUGGGGUAUUCGGACCCGACCUCCUUCCUGUCCCGGCUGGUUGAGGUUCUGCAGGGUCUCUUCCCCUCAGUGGGCGGAGCUCUGGAGGCGCUGACCCGCUCCCCGGCCCAGCGCCUCCAGGAGAACCUGUUUGGAGGGAAGUUCCUGCAGAAUGUGGCGGCCUUUAACUACACCGGGGUGCUGGGACCUCGAGGAGCCGUGGGGGUGGACCAGCUGUCCGCUCAGAGCCUGCAAGAGAACCGGGACCUGGUCCGGGCCGUGAGCCGGGCCCUGGAAGAUCCCGCCUUCCUGUCCGCCCUGAGGCAAACACUGAUGGUUCUCAGCGGCGCCCCCUCUGGUUCACUGCAGCAGGUCCUGGCUGGAGUUCUGAGGUCCUGCUCUGAGGAAGAGGACGACUCUUCGUCCCUCUUCGUCCCCCGCUGCUCGCUCAGCGGGGGCUACCAGCCGGUCCAGUGUCGGGACGCAGAGUGCUGGUGCGUCAACCUGCAGGGUCAGGAGGCACCGGGGUCACGGACCGCCGGCUGGCCGCCGCGCUGCCCGACCAGCUGCGAGAUGGCCAGAGCCAAUGCCAUGAAGGUGAAAUCCAACAUGGCCGCCGGAGCCGAGAUCCACAUUCCGGCGUGUUCAGAGGACGGAGACUUCCUGCCACUUCAGUGCGUCGGAGAUCGCUGCUUCUGCGUGGAUGCUGAGGGGAGGAAGAUGGCUGCAGGGCCAACAGGGGGCGCUGUCACAUGUCCAGAGAAUAAAACGCUGAAGCUUCAGUCAGGUCGCUGCUCCAAGGCACUCGCUGAGGUCACAGCAUUCAGACAGGAAGUGGACAGCCUCGUCUUCCUCUCUAACUCCACCCACUUACCUGUGGGAUACGGCUUUCUAUUGGCCAAAGGUCUGAGUCUGAGCCAGUCAGAGGAGGAGCUGCAGCUCAGCCAAUCAGAGGAGCUGAAGGUGUCAGAGAGGUUGCUUAGUCGCUCCAGAUCUGCGCUGCGAUUGGCUGCUUCCUCCACUCUUCUGAUGCUGCUUCCUCCUCAUCGUCUCUCCUACCAGCUCUUCACUCCACAGUGUGACGCCGCCGGAAACUGGAGGCUCACACAGUGUUACCACAGCACAGGUCAGUGCUGGUGUGUGGAUGAAGAAGGAGAGUUCAUCCCCGGGUCUCUGCGCCGCUCGCUCCGUCUGCCGCGCUGUCGGAGUCGCUGCCAGAGAGCGGAGGCUCACUCUCUGCUCUCUGAUUGGAUGAAAGCCUCUGACAUCACCACCGCCUCGCCUUACCACCCACAGUGUGAGCAGGAUGGCCGUUUCUCUGUGCUGCAGACAGGGGGCGCUGCAGGCUGGUGUGUGAACCCGCUGACAGGAGAGACGCUCCAGACGGCAUCCCGGAGCGCCGCCGGAGAGCUGACCUGUCCCAGCUGGUGUGAGCUGCAGCGGCUCCGCUGUCGCCCUGACGGCUCCUUCGACCCACUGCAGUGUGAUGUCACUUCUUGUUGGUGCGUUUCUGAGGACGGACAGGAAAUGGCCGGGACCCGAUCGCUGCGACAAACGGGACGCACGCCGUCAUGUGACCGUCCUCUUUGUCCCGCCCCCAACAUUACCCAUGGUGCACUGGUGUGCCAUCCAGCGGCUGAUGGUCGGCAGAGCUGUGACCUUGUCUGUCACCAUGGUUACCAGAACUCACUUCCUGUUAGCAGUUUCCUGUGUAGCAUUAAGAGUCGCCAAUGGGACGAAGGAGACAAACCUCUGAGUGGAGCCUGUCAGAUCUCCCAGCCCCUCCAGUCUUUGUCUUCCUCUCAGAUCUGGUCGCUCUCCGUCUCUUGCUCUCGUAUCAGCGGUUUGUCGUCUCUGCUGUUCAGCCUCGUGGCCAGCAGGGGGCUCUGCUCUGCUCAGCUCCCGUCGGGUCGGUCCGUGGCGCUGUGCGGCGACUCGGCGGUGGGUCUGUGGUGCGACGCCGGCGACUCGGUGAGGCUCACGCUGCGCUGGACCGCCGACCUCUCCGACCUCACGACCUCUGACCUCCCUCACCUCCAUCACAUGGUGAUAUUCCUGAAUGAAUCCAGACUUUUGGAAGGAGUUCAGGGAAUUCUGGGUAAUCUCCGCUCCAUGCUGACAUCUGACCCCGAACUGGUCUCGGUGGCGCCGCCAACCUUUGGCUGUUCCCAUGGUUACCGGCUGUCCAGCGACGGCGCAGGCUGCGUCGUCUGUCCUGCCGGCAGCUUCUACCAGCAGGGGGUGUGUCUGCUCUGCCCUCAGGGAACCUAUCAGGAGCUAGAGGGGCGGGACUUCUGCACCAGGUGUCCCAGAGGCUCCUCCCCUGCAGGCGCUUCAGCAGCCAAUCAGUGUGAGACGGACUGCGAGAGGAGGGGCCUGCGCUGUUCGCAGAGCGGCGACUUCCUGCUGGCUCAGCCCAACUUCCUGUCUGGGGGCUGGAGGUGUGUCAGCAACGAGGGGGUGGAGCUUGAGUGGACGAGCCGGGAAGAGCGUCUGACGGAUGAGGAGUGCUCAGUUCUCACCCGGUUCCAGGCUGUUCCUGAGUCGGACCUGAUGGUCGGGGCUGGAGACCAGGACCAGAACCAAACCAGGACCAAACCAGGACCAGGACCAAACCAGGACCCAACCAGGACCAGAGACCAGAACCAAACCAGGACCAAACCAGGACCAAACCAGGACCAGGACCAAACCAGAACCAGGACCAAACCAGGACCAAACCAGGACCAAACCAGUACCAGAACCAAACCAGGACCAAACCAGGACCAGGACCAAACCAGGACCAGAACCAAACCAGGACCAAACCAGAACCAGGACCAGUUUGGUCCCGGUUCUGGUUUGGGUUGUGAACGUCCUGUGUUUGUCUCAGCAUGUGCAGUGGAGCCGUCCUGCCACCAUGUGGCGCUGUUCGACAGGCGGACCCGCUGUGACCUGUACAGCUCUCUGAAUGCUGUCUGCAGCGCCUCCCAGCAGGCCACGGGGUUUCUGGGUAAUCCUCGGGCCGAGCGGUUCCACCAGCUGCGCUGCUCUCUGAGGGUGAGGGGCGGAGCUUCAGAUCUGUUCGUCCUCAGGAAGAACGGGGCGGAGCUUCAGCACCAGAGUUUUGUGAGGAUGAGGAUGAGGAAGGCGGUCUCAGGUGUGUUCAGGACUCAGGUGUUCUCCUCCAGGAACACGUCUCUGUCCGACGUGCGCCGGUUCUGCCAGGACGGCUGCAGCCGCGACGCCUGCUGCCACGGGUUCAUCCUCAACCAGAACGUCCUGGAUGGAGGCUCCCUGCUGUGUGGCUGGCUGAGAGCGCCGUCGGUUCUGAUGUGUGAGGACGAGGACUGGGACGUGAUUGGCCAGGGACCGGCCAAUAGGAUCUGUGGGGCGGGGCUUAGCUACAGCAAGCAGCAGCGCAGCUUCGAGUUCGACUUUGGCGGAGAAAAGUUCACCAUCACUGACAGCGCUCUGCCUGGCGACAGCAGAAACAGGAAGGACUACCAGGCCGCCAUCAUCAGCUUCCAGGCCAUCUACCUGAACACAGCUGCAGCCGCCGGUGGUUCUGGAUCAGCGUCCUGCGGUGCAGCAGAGGUUCCGGCUCCUCUGAACGCGACUGUCCAGCUGAGGUUCCAGUCUCUGUCCAGCGCCGAGGUCCUGGUGGACCCUCAGAGGAAACAGCCCGUUCUCUCCUUCUGGCUCAGCAAAAACGACUACAGCUCCCAGAAUGCCCUGCUCUGGUGCCUCACACGUUGUGAUGAAGAGGAGUGGUGUUCUGUCACCGACCUCGGAGAAUCUGAGUCGGACCGUUUCUUCCGCUGCGCCUUGUAUCCGGACACCAGAGUCUGCGGCGGCUACGACCAGCCGAUAAGACGCUCCUGUCGCCCCCUGCUGGACAGAGCGACCAACAACACCUACAGCAAGAAGGUGGAUCUGAGCGGACCGGUCCAGAGUUUUUAUGAGCGGGUUCCCUUCCAGAAGAUGGUGUCAUACUCUGUGAGGAACCGGGUCACGCUGGGACAGAACCAGCUGCUGCCUGACGGGUUCAGGGAGUGCGAGCGCCGCUGCGACGAGGACCCCUGUUGCCGUGGUUUCGGGUUUGUCCAUGAGACCAAAUCAAGAGGCCUGCUCUGUCUGCCUCUGAUCAGCCUCGGGGUUCUGACCUGCAGUGAAGACGACGCCUCAACCUGGAGGACUCAGGAUUGUUCGCCUCCUGAAGCAGAGACGUCCCCAGAGCCGUUCGGCUGGUACCAGAAACCCGUCAAUCAGUGGACAACGUCCCCGGCCCUGUGUCCUCCGUUCAGCCUGAGGAACCCUAGGAACAACGUCUUCAUGGAUGACUGGCGGCUCCUCUCAGAGUCUUCGCUCCUGAUUGACGCGUCUCUCUCUACGUAUGAUGUCAUCCACGUGAGCCGUGACAUCGACACUGACCGGGAAAGGACCAGGGACUGGUGUCUCCAUGCCUGCCAGGAGGCGGAGUCUUGUGUUGCCGUGUCACUCAGGAAGGUGGAGUCAGCGGUCCGCUGCAUCCUGUACCCUGACACCACGACCUGUGGGCUAAGCUCCGCCCCAGACUCCCUUAGCCCCGCCUCCUCCUGCCGCCUGGUGGUGAAAGAGCCCGCCCCCCAGGUCUACCUGAGGGCAGAGCGAUCGCCGCAGGCUGCGUCCAUCUCAGUUCCCGGUCAUGGGACGCUGCAGGGUGUUGCCAUGGAAACAGCAGUCGGCUCAGACAGGAGGACGGUGAUCCGGUUCCUCGGAGUCCCGUACGCUCGUCCACCAAUAGGAGUGCUCCGCUUUGAGGCAGCGCAGCUGGCCGAUUGGACGGGAACUUGGGACGCCACCAAGCCCAGGCCCAGCUGCGUUCAACCCGGCGACGAUGAGGACUCAGCUUCCAGCGAGGAUUGUCUCUACCUUAACAUCUUCACGCCCGCUGUCCAGAGAGGGCGAGUCCCGGUCCUGGUUUACUUCUUCAACCCUCCAGCCAACCAGAACCAGAACCUGCUGGAUGGCUCCGCCCUCGCUGCUCUGGGGAACAUUGUCGUGGUAACGGCCAGCUACCGUACGGCAGCACUGGGAUUCCUGACUGCAGGUGGUCUCCAUGGUAACUACGGCCUGUCGGACCAGGAGGCGGCGCUGCGCUGGGUCCACGCCCACAUCUCCCUGGUGGGCGGAGACAGCGGGAGCGUGACGGUGGGGGCGGAGCGGCGCGGCGCCGACAUCAGCAGCCUGACUCUGCUCUCCUCUUCGCCUCCGUUCCACAGAAUGAUCCUGAUGGGAGGUUCUGUUUUCUCUCCAUCUUUGGUCCAAACUGCUUCGGCCGGCAGACGUCAAGCCGUGGAUUUGGCUCGGGAGCUUGGCUGCGUGACCUCUGACCUCUCUGAUGACGGCCCUAUGGUGGCAUGCCUCAGAUCGACUCCGGUUCACAAGCUGAACGCGGCUCAGACGAAGCUGCUGGCGGUCAGCGGUCCGUUCCAGGCCUGGGCUCCGGUCCGCAGGUCCGAGUCCGAGUCCUUCCACAGAGUGGACCUGAUGCUGGGCACAUCAGAACACGACGGCCUGAUCAGCAGAGCACGCAGGAUAAAGGACUUCGAGGCUCUGCAGGGUCGAGGCGACAGGAAGACUGCGUUCUACGAGGCCCUGAGUCGUUCUCUGGGCGGAGCCUCGGGAAACGCGCUGCUGAAGGACGCGGCGGCCUGGUUCUACUCUCUGGACCACGACCCGUCAGCUGCUGGCUACAACCUGUUCUCCAGAGCGCUCAACAACGCCACCAGAGAUCUGUUCAUCAUCUGUCCCACGGUGCAGAUGGCUCUCCACUGGGCCGCCAGCGGCACCAACAUCUUCCAGUACCACCAGCCCGCCUCCAGCGCUCAGGACAGAGCCGAUGUUUUGGUUCCUCUGGACGUUCAGUUCCUGUUUGGGAUUCCCCUCCAGCCAAUGAACUCUCAGCGUUUCACCUCGUCUGAUCGGCGCCUCUCAUUGGCUGUGAUGACCUACGCUUCCAGCUUCAUACGGACCGGGAACCCAAACCCGUCCCACGUGUGGGCGGAGUCAGUUCUGCCCCGCUGGCAGCCGGUCACCGCUGAGGCUCCGCCCACCUACCUGGAGCUAAGCCCCGCCCUCCAGCAUCAGCAGGGCCUGAGGCAGAACGCCUGCUCCUUCUGGAGGGAACUGGGAACCAGACUGACCAGUAAGACGGGUGACUUGGGGGCGGAGCCUGUCCAGAUCCCUGAGCUCCCAUUGGCUGCACCAUCCAGCCAAUCACAGACCAACAAGGACGCCUACAACUGAUGACAUCAUCAACAUGGAAACCCUCACACCACAUUUCCCAUAAUGCACUUUGAUUCAUGAGUUUCUGCUGAUCAUUUUGUUCCCAAUAAUCAAUAAAAGCAUCUAAAACUGA